AUGAAAUGGAAGUUGAAGAUUUGGACUCCAAGAAGGAAAGAAAGCAAGAGACAAGCAAAGACCUAAGGGAAGAAAUUGAAGCACCUUUGAGGAAAUCUAAAAAGGAGAAGAAAGUGCCCAUCAAUCAGCCAACCAUUAUGUCUUGGUUUGAAAAGGGGGUUAAUAAAAGAAAAUUGUCAGAGAUCAAAAAUGAUUCAGAGUCAAAUGAUAGUGGGAGUCAAGAGGAGAAAAGAAUAAAGACUGAAGAUGGUGGUAAUGGUAGUGCAGAUGGAGAUGAUAAAGAUGGAGCCAAAAUACUCAGAUGUAGGGCUGAGAAGCCAGAAGAAGUAAAGGAAUUACUUAACACAAAAGCCUGCAAACAAACUCCGUUGAAGUGUAAAGAAUGCAGUCAGCUGUUGCAGGAUCCAGAUUUAAAACUGUUUCUUGGGGAUCCAGAUGAUGCUAGAGAAGAAUUUGUGACCCUGACAGACCCAAACUUGUCGUUAUUCACUGGAGAAGAGGAAGAAAUCCACAGCUAUGAUGAACGACCUCAGCACAAGGUUACCAAUUUCAGUGUUUAUGACAAGAACACCCAUUUAUGCCCUUUUGACACUGGCAUGAUAGAGAAAAACAAGGAGCUAUACUUCAGUGGAUAUGUUAAACCUAUCUAUGAUGAAAAUCCCAGCAUUGAAGGUGGCAUCCCAACAACCAAGAUGGGCCCAAUCAAUGAGUGGUGGACAGCAGGAUUUGAUGGAGGGGAACAUGCACUGGUUGGUUUUACCACAGCAUUUGCCGAUUACUUUCUGAUGGAUCCCAGUGAGGCCUAUGCCCCCAUCAUGAAUGCCCUGCAAGAGAAAAUCUUUAUGAGUAAGAUGGUGAUAGAGUUUCUGGCUAACAACCAGGAUGCAACAUAUGAGGAUCUUCUGAAUAAACUGCAGGUUGAAAGCUAUGACCAGGGUGCUGACUUUGAUGAAAAUACAUUGCUCACCAACUCCUGCAUGAGGGCACUCAUCAAAUUGGCUGGGGUAACACUGGGUAAAAGGAGAGCAUUAAGAAAGGAGGUCCGUGGGGCUAAGGCAGUGAAGGACAAAUCAGCACACACGCUGGCUGCGGUGACCCCCCUGGUUAGGAACAUAUUUGACAGUAUGUUUGAUGGCCAGAUAGAUGAGAAAGGAACUGCAGUAGAUAUAAGGAGACAAAGGUGUGGAAUUUGUGAGGUUUGUCAGCAGCCUGACUGUGGGAAGUGUAUGGCUUGUAGAGAUAUGACCAAGUUUGGAGGUUCAGGCAGAAGUAAACAAGCAUGUCAGAAAAGACGAUGUCCCAAUAUGGCCGUAAAGGCAGCAGAUGAAGAUGAUUUGUUAGAGGAAGGAAAUGAUGAUACAUUGGACACUGAGAGAAAAGCUGUUGAACCUUCCACUCCAAAGAAGAAGCACAAAUUGAGCAAGAAACAGAAGUCUGCAUUAGAAUGGAUGGGCAAGGCUAUUAAAGUGGAGACCAAGAAAUCAUAUUUUGAAGCUGUCCUGAUAAAUGAUCAAAAGGUUUCAUGUGGAGAUUUUAUCUCUGUUAGUCCUGAUGACCCCUCUGAGCCGCUCUACAUUGCCAAGGUGGCCUACUUGUUUGAGGAGGGAGGAGACAAGAUGUGCCAUGCUUGGUGGUUUAAGCGUGCCACUGAGACUGUGCUUGGAGAGACGGCAGAUCCACUGGAGGUACUUCAGGUUAACGAGUGUGAGAACAUUCAGCUGGAAUUUGUGGUCUCCAAAAUACAGGUGCUGUUUAAAGCUCCACUUCCUGACUGGUCUAUGAGAGGGGGAAUUGAGGAAUUUGAUUCUGAUAAUGUUGUUAAAGAAGAAGACGGAAAGACAUUUUUCUAUCAAAAAUGGUAUGACCCAGAGUUGGCAAGAUUUGAAGACCCCCCUUUUGAUUCUGAUCCUAAAGUGGACAGUAAGCAUAAGCAUUGUGCUAGUUGCAGCAGACUCAUGGAGUUGAGUAAGAAAGAAAGACCAAAACCUUCUGACAGAUUAUCGUCAGAGAGUGACUCCUCCAGUCAUAUGUACUAUGGCACUGUUAGCAGAGAUGGGGUGGACUACAAGCUAGGAGAUUCUGUAUAUCUCCUUCCAGAGGCAUUCAAAUUCAACUUAAAGGCUGCCAGUAAGAAAUCCAAGCAAGAGAAAAAAGAGGUGGAUGAAGAUGUGUAUCCAGAGGUGUACAGAAAGUCUUCAGAUUACAUCAAGGGCUCUAAUGAAUUUGUACCAGAACCAUUCAGGAUUGGUACCAUUUUGGAAAUAAUCUGCAAAAAGAUGACAUGCAGCAAAAUUGUAAAUGAGCAGAAUGUUUUGUUGAAAAUUAGGAAGUUCUACAGGCCAGAAAACACUCACAAAGGGGCAACAGGGAGCCAUCACACAGAUCUGAACAUGCUUUAUUAUUCUAAUGAAGAGGUCAUUGUCGAUUUCCAGUUGGUCAAGGGAAAGUGCAUGGUGGUUUUUAGUGAUGAUAUGAACAUCAGCGUUGAUGAAUAUUUUAGUGAAGGACCAGAUAGGUUCUACUUCUCAGAGGCUUACAACUCUGAAACUAAAGAGUUUGAAGAACCUCCAAGUAAAGUAAGGAGAUCCACAGCAAAAGGGAAGGGUAAAGGUAAAGGGAAACACAAAGCAAAAGCUCAAGAAGAAGUUGACAAAGAAAAGCAACACAUGCCACAGAUUAGACGUCUUAGAAGUCUAGAUGUCUUUGCUGGCUGUGGAGGUCUGUCGGAAGGUUUUCAUGAAGCCGGUAUUGCAGAAUGUCGCUGGGCAAUAGAGAAAGAAGAACCAGCAGCCAGUGCAUUUAAACUGAACAAUCCAGGAAGUACUGUGUUCACUGAUGACUGCAACAUGCUGCUUCGGUUGGUCAUGGACGGGAAAACUACCAAUGCUACUGGACAGAAACUUCCCUUGAAAGGUGAUGUGGAACUGCUAUGUGGAGGCCCACCAUGUCAGGGAUUCAGUGGAAUGAAUAGGUUCAACUCGAGGGAGUACUCCAUGUUUAAGAACUCCCUGAUAGCAUCCUACCUUAGCUACUGUGACUACUACAGACCAAGGUUUUUCCUUCUAGAAAAUGUGCGGAACUUCGUGUCCUUCAAACGUAGUAUGGUACUUAAACUGGCCCUGCGUUGUCUUCUCAGGAUGGGGUAUCAGUGCACAUUUGGGGUUCUACAGGCAGGAAGCUAUGGUGUGGCACAGACGAGGCGGAGAGCCAUUAUACUAGCAGCUGCCCCAGGAGAGAAACUUCCUUUUUACCCAGAACCAUUACAUGUUUUUGCACCAAGAGCCAUGCAAUUGUCUGUUGUAGUGGAUAAUAGAAAGUAUCAGUCCAACAUCAGUUGGACCACUUCUGCCCCCUUCAGGACCAUAACUGUGCGGGACACUAUGUCAGAUCUGCCUACUAUUCAUAAUGGAGCUAAAGGGGAAGAGAUCUCAUAUGGAGGAGAUCCAUUGUCCCAUUUCCAGAAAAUGAUUCGUGGUAAUCAGUAUCAGCCUAUCUUACGUGACCACAUUUGUAAAGAAAUGAGCCCAUUGGUGUAUGCACGCAUGAAGCACAUUCCACUUGCACCAGGAUCUGACUGGAGGGAGCUGCCUAACAUCAUAGUUCGCUUGUCUGAUGGAUCCCAUACGAAAAAGCUAGUGUACACACACCGUGACAAGAAAAAUGGACAUUCCUCUACAGGUGCUUUGCGUGGCGUAUGCUCUUGUGCAGAGGGAGGAGUAUGUGAUCCAAUGGAUCGUCAGUUUAACACUAUCAUUCCAUGGUGUCUUCCCCACACUGGUAACAGGCACAACCACUGGGCAGGGCUGUAUGGUAGACUGGAAUGGGAUGGAUUCUUUAGCACCACGGUGACAAAUCCAGAACCAAUGGGGAAACAGGGUCGGGUUUUACACCCAGAACAGCACCGUGUUGUCAGUGUGCGUGAGUGUGCACGUUCUCAGGGAUUCCCGGACACAUACAGAUUCUAUGGAAAUAUUUUGGAUAGGCACCGACAGAUUGGUAAUGCAGUGCCUCCACCUAUGGCCAAAGCUAUCGGACUGGAGAUUAAAAAAUGCAUAAUUUGGAAAGAGGAACACCUGGAAUUGAGCAGUUGUUUUACUAAGGAGGAAAAAGAAAUCGAGCCUUCUGCAGUGUCGGGUAUAAAAGUGGACAACAUAUAGAGGAGGAUACACAUGAUGUCAUCCAAACAUUGCUCAUUUUGAAGGAAUAAAUGCAUUUCCUGUACAAAACCAUUGUCAUUUUAAGUAUGGCACACACACACUGGAAUAUGGUAUCACAGGCGUCUGCUAGACAGCUUGCAGGAGAGCUUGUAAAUAUACAGAUGUUUAAAAAAAUUAAAAAUAACUCUUACAUAAACAGGCAUAUUCCACUUUUGCCAUGUUUUAAGGUGAUGGGUAUUGCCUUGAAAUGAUGACUGAGCGUCUUUUUGCAUUGAACUUUUUCACAGAUUAAAGAAGCAAGCUGCUUUUGUAACAUCUUUCAUGUUUAGACAUCGUGUCUGUUCAUCCAUCACAUGCAUCUGCCAUUGUUUUUCCUGUGCACUUUUAAUUACAGCAAUUAUUGCAAUAAAUGGAAAACCCUGUGACAAAAUCUUCAA